AUGGCGACUACCGUGCGACAAACCUUACAAGUACCUCACCUUGGAGGAACCACAGUAGGUUAUCGGUUAUCUACGCCUAGUCUUGAUCCUACAAAGCCAACCGUAGUGCUGGUGAAUCCCUUUACGGCCACUGUCGACUAUUAUAAGAAUGAAUUUGAAAACCCCGAAAUUACAAAGGCCCUAAAUCUUAUCGCAAUCGAGCCACUGGGCCAUGGAGCAACAGUCACAAAAAGCGAGACAUGGACAUAUUGGGACUCUGCAAUGGUCAACGUACAACUCUUGGAGUCACUUGGUGUUGACCGGGUGUUUGCACUAGGCACAUCUCAAGGUGGAUGGAUAGUAACGCAGAUGGCACUAUUGGCGCCAGAAAAGAUUCAAGGACUUAUUGUGCUGGGCACAUCGAUGGAUUAUGAGUCUCCUCAAAGCCGUGAACUAGGCUGCUGGGAUUGCCCAGCAGCAACUGCCGGACUUGUCCAGCUUGGGGCUGACUUGACACCCACUCCUGACUUUGAGCCAGUGCAAGAGUAUUGCGAUUAUGUCGUGGACGUCGGGCUUGGGAAAGAUGCUGACGCCUCCACGAGGGCAUUUUGGGCGGAGACCCUCAAACACACGUACCGAGGAGAUGAGGGUAAAAAGAGGAUUUGCAUGUCUGCAAUCAACCUCGUCUCGCGAGAUGGAUUGUACCAACGGCUUCCAUACAUAAAAUGUCCAGUUCUCUGGUUGCAUGGCACUUCGGAUGUUGUGUUUAGCAUUGCAAAUGCGCAAGAAGGGAUUUCACGUUUUAUCAAUUCAGUUGAUGCCAAACUUGUCGUAAUCAACGAAGGGGUUCAUUUCCUGGGUUCUAAGCAUCCGCAGGAACUCGAGAAGCAUCUUCUAGACUUCACGUCUCGCUGGAAGUAA